UGUUGUGGUUCGUAAUGGCUGACUGGUUUGUUGGCUGGCGCCUUUGCUAGGGUUGGUCAAGUGUGAACAGUUUCGAGGAAUUUCAGGUUACGCGGUCAAAAGUUCCAUGGUGGCAUGUCUCAGCAGCACUCUUACAAGUAUGGACGGUAGUUACACAUGCAGAAUUCAUUGACAUGGCUGCUGUUGAAAAUGAACUGGACAAAAUCGACCCACGAAUUCAGGGUGAGCUAGAACGACUCAAUUCAGCCACAACCGAGAUCAAUAGACUUGAGAAGGAAGUGGAUGCAGCGAAUUCUGUCUUCAGAACCACCUUGUCCGAGUCCAGCCAGCAGUUGAAACAGCUAGCGAAGAAACUGGGCAAGAGUGUGGAGAAAGCUCGACCCUACUACGAAGCCAGAGAUGUCGCCUUCAAGGCUCACCGGGAGGCGCAGAAGGCGGCGAUACAGUUCCAGCGAGCGAACAGCGAACACCAGGCGGCGAAAGAAACGAUCUACCUCGCAGAACAACGUCUGCUGAACAUGAACGACAAGCGAGUGUUCGACUCCGCAUGGCAGGAGAUGAUCAACCACGCUACGAUGAAGCUAAACGAGGCGGAGUCGGCAAAGCUGAAGAACGAAAGCGAUCAUCAGGAGAAAUCCGCACAGUUCGUGACGGCCGAGCAGCGCCUCUACAAGCUAGAGAAGGAGCUACGCAGUGCCAUCAACAAAUCCAGGAAUUACUUCGAGCGGAAAGACAAGUUUCAAGCAUUUCUGCAAGAUAAGAAGCGAAGCAUAGAGGGGCUACAGCGAACAGUGCAGACGACGAAGAGACAAUAUGCAGACGCGCUUAAUAACCUUGAACAGAUCUCGGAAGAGAUACACAGUCAGCGUCUGCAGGACAAACAGAGGGAGCCAGGGGUAGGAGCAGAGGAAGCCAAAGACAGGACGUCUCCUGUUCCCGAUCUCGAUAACCUGCGAGCAAAAGCUAGUCUCAUGGAAGGGUCGACAGCAUCGCUACCGGAUGCAGAGUUAGACGACAUAACUGUGUCGAGUCUGCGCACGGACGCCAGUGACCGCGGCGCCCUCUCCGACUGCGAUCUAUCGGACGACGAAGCCGACCUCCGUCCGACUUCCGAGCGAGAAGGUGGCGCCACCGUCCCGCGAUCGUCGUGCGCGCGGGUGGACGCGACAACUUGCUGUGAUAGCGGUGUCGGCACGGACGCAGAGGGGGCGCCGCCGCCCGCCGAGACAAACACGCUACCGCGAUGUCGCUCAGCGACGGCGAUGAGCGGCGCGACGGCGGCGGCGGCGGUCGCUCGGACGAACACCGGCGAGACACGGGCGCGCCGGGUCACCGUCGGCGCCGCGGCGGCGCCACCUGUUUCGCGUGGCGCGAGGGAACAGAUGCUGGCGAGCCUGCCGCUAUUGGCCGGACUCAGCGAGCAGCUGAGCCGUGAUUGGCCAAUGGUGAGGAGGUGGAGCGGGGAUGAUGACAGCGGCGAGGCGAGGGGAUUCGGCGUGAGGAGACAGCCGAGCGGCGCGUCGCUGAAGACGCAGAACCGUCGCCAUGCCAACAAGCAACAACAGCAGCAGCAACAAUAGCAACAAUAAAACGUAGCCAGGGAUGCAGCGAACACGAAUCAGGGUCAGAGAAGUGUAGUACCAGCAGCAGCUAGCUGUACAGAGUGUUGCUGGUACUACUGCUGCCGCUGCUGCUAGGUCAUUCCCUACCGCCAACCAACCAGUACCCGUGCAAUCACGAAGCCACAACAGCGAAAUCCGACGCCGAUGAUUAUGUGCAAUCGUUAAAUAGCAAAGUUGAACAUCUCAAUAUUGUGGAAAUUGGCAUGCGAUUACAAGUGCAUUUACAAGAGAAUAGCCAAGUAAGGUUAAUUGGUAAUGCCCAGAAUCAUUUCACGAUUACUCAAGGUGUGAUAAAGACGGUGGUAUCAUCUGCCUUGACAAGUCAAACUAAAUUUAUUACGGCCCCAAUCAGUCGAUAGUUUUGGGUGAGCAGUGUUUGCCUUUGCUGACAAUGGAGUUCUGCUAGUGUUGGCUGUCAAAUACCGCGUUAAGAACGGCUAAAUGCGACUCCAACUGAUAAAUAGCAUUACUUCUUUAAAAUCAAAUUUGGCAGCAGGUAGACACGUGAUUUGAUUCGACCAAUAGGGGCUCACUGUCCGCCAUUAAUCAUUAAGCGCUGUCCUGCGCGCGCGCGCGCGUCUAUUCAUCCGAAAAUAGAAGUAGAGAAUAAAUCGUUCUGUUCCAUUUCCUCCUCGUCUUUCCAGUGCGUAUCGUUGUGAGAGUCAUGUUACCUGUUAUAUAUAUCGAUCACAGCGUGGUGCUUUGUUUCAGUAGGGACCUUAGUGAAGAUGCGUUUUAGUGCUCAUCGAAAGUUUUCUCAUUUUGUAACGGAACGCGACUCAAUGCGUUGCCUUGAGUAAGAAAUGCAGCGUCACUCACAUGUAUCUACUACACUCUGUCGUCCGUAGUCAGAAACAAAAUUAGUCUAAAAAAUUUAGUCUUUACAUGAACUUUUUCUUGUAUUGGAUCUCUGUAUAGAGACAAUCGUAGCUUUACCGUGUUUAUGUGACGAUCUGCGAGAAAGUUAAAUGUUAAUACUAAUGUUACAAUCAUUUUGUUUGACAACGGGUGCCCCUAGUAGUUGAUACAUUCGUGAUGACAUGUGUUGACAGAUGGACAUUCGUGAUGACAUGUGUUGACAGAUGGACAUUCGUGAUGACAUGUAGGUUGACUAGUGGACAGCGUGAUGGUACAGUGUUGCAGGAUGGACUUUUCGUGUGAUAGACAGAUUGUGCUAAUGAGUGUUGACACACGCAUCUUGUCGUCCACCCUGCUUCUAUAUCACCCGCCCGCUGAGUGGUCUAGUGGGCCUUCGUGCUUCUAAUUCGUUCGAUGUGACAUAUCGUUAAGGUGCAGGAUUGUAUAGUAUUAGCUUUACGUUGUUUAAGUUAUGGUAUUGAGAGGAAGUGGUGAGUGAGUGGAUGAGUGGCGUGCGGUUGGUGGUGAGUGGUGACGAGUUGUGGGUGAGCGAAUGUGCGUGAAUAAGGAAGAGAGAAGAACAAAAUAGAAAUAAAGAGAGAGAAAGAACAA